AUGGCCGACACCAAUGGAUUCUCCGCGGGGUUAACCCCGAUGGAGGUGGUUGACGAACAAGGUUCUGGUGUCCCAGAACCGACUAACAAGGCGAAAGGCCGGCACCGUGUGCUCUGUGGCAUUCAAAGAAUGUCUUCUUCGCCGUCACUUUCGCGGAGUGGUCGUGUGAGGUCACAUAGCAACCCUCAGAAGGGCCGCGGGAACAUCUCUUGCGUGAGCUUGGCGGGACCAUCAACCGCUGGAAGCUCCUUUGGUAGCGACUCUUACUUCCCCACAGGAGCGACAGCAUCAGGCUACGCCAGUGCCUCGAGCUCUGUACCGCCGACGCCGUCCAGCGAAAUAAUUCAAUUUGAAGGUGUCGACGGCCGCCUGGCAAUCCGAAGGGUCGAUAACUUUAUCCCUACAACCCAAUCUCCUGGGCCCCAGUCGAUAGGGCUUCCAGGCGAUUUGAGAACCACGAGCAAGACCCAAAUCGCAAACCCGGCGGUACCUAAGCGGGACUUCAACUUUUGGGAGAAUAUGCCGCACGAAAUGCGGGUUCAGAUAUUUUCCUACCUGUCUCCCAAAGAGCUGGUGCGGACUUCACGUGUCAGCAAAACAUUUCACAAGAUUUGCUUUGACGGGCAACUGUGGACGUGCUUUGACGCAACCGAGUUUUAUCAAAUAAUACCUGCCGAGUCAUUGGCGAGGAUUAUUAUGGCUGCUGGACCAUUCAUCAAGGACCUAAACCUGCGAGGUUGUGUCCAAGUCGAGCAUUAUAAGCGGGCUGAGGUGGUUGUCAAGGCUUGCAAGAACUUGGUCAACGCUACGCUCGAAGGAUGCCGAAAUUUUCAGCGCAACACUCUACACAGCCUGUUGAGGAGCAAUGACAAACUCGCCAAUCUCAAUUUGACUGGGCUGACCGCGGUGACUAACAUAUCUUGCAAGAUCAUCGCCGAGUCUUGCCCGCAGCUGGAAACGUUCAACGUCUCGUGGUGCGUACACAUGGAUGCCAGAGGAAUCAAGGCAGUACUCGAGGGGUGCCCGAAGUUGAAGGAUCUUCGGGCUGGAGAAGUUCGGGGCUUUGACAACUUGGAAGUUGCUGAGAUGCUUUACACGACCAACAACCUGGAAAGGCUGGUCCUGAAUGGCUGUGCAGAGCUCAACGAUCGCGCGCUUAAGAUCAUGGUCCACGGAGAAGACCCCGAAAUCGAUAUUCUGACCGACCUACCUGUGGUGCCGCCGAGGAAAUGGCGUCAUUUAGACCUGAGCCGAUGCGCUCGUCUUACGACUCAAGGAGUGAAGGCGUUGGGAUACAAUGUUCCAGAUUUACAGGCACUGCGACUAUCCGGUUGCACCGCAUUGACCGACGCAGCCCUCGAGCCCAUAUUUGCAUCCACCCCGCGCCUAACACACGUCGAACUCGAAGACCUCGCAGAUCUAACCAACAGCCUCUUCUCAGAACACUUGGCCAAGGCACCUUGUGCUCCCUGGCUGGAGCACCUGUCUAUCAGUUACUGCGAGAAUCUUGGCGACAGCGGUGUACUACCCGUGGUGAAGAACUGCGUUAACUUGAGGAGCAUUGACCUCGAUAACACCCGUAUCAGCGACUUAGUCCUCGCCGAAGCCGCUUACAUGGUGAGCGGCCGCUCGCAGAGCGCCGCGAGGAGGCCCAAGCCCAAGGUUGGACUGCACAUGGUUGUCUACGACUGCCAGAACGUCACUUGGACCGGCAUCCGCGAGGUCCUCUUCCGUAAUGCCCAGUCGAAGCCCUCUGUUGCCGAGGUUGGCAAGUUCGCAUUUGCCAGUGAGGCCAUCAGCCUAAAAUGUUUCUACAAAUUUCAAAUGACUGUGGACGAGCACAUGAAGCGUGUACUCCGCGGCGAUCUCGCCUCGGCCAAUCGCCUCGAGCGCCGCUGGGCCGAUUACAUGCAGGCAACCGAGGAGGCGGGCGCAACUGGGGCUGGACACCGCCGUCGCAGACGUCGCGCCCGAGAGGCCCAGAUGCUCCACGCCGAUGAGGAGGAUGGUGGUAACGGCGGUCGGCGCCGAGGCCGGACUGUCGGGUCAUGCACCAUCAUGUGA